AUGGAAAAUGACUUCCACUUGCUUCCCCGACAGAUCUGGGCGAAUCCAACACCGACUACGACAAAGGUUUAUUCGCCCGGCUGUACGCCUGUUGUCUUGCCCAGUAAUGGACUCGUGUAUCUCAACAAGUCAUUUGCUAUUACCCUCAGUGAAAACGCCAUCUUCGAGCCUGUCUGCACAGGCUCCCUAACCGACGAGGUUCACAUCAACGCCGUCCUCGAUACUCGCGAUCCAUUCUAUUCCUCCAUUACCCCACAACUAUAUGCCAUCGGCUGUGCUACGGUCGUUAGCUAUCUCCUCGUCAUCAUCCUUCUCAUCACCCCGCGCACAUUCUACGUCGGUGGCCCCGGUGGCGGUGCCAAUUUCCUCGGCCGCCAUGGGAUGAUCAGCGGCUCAUAUAGCGGGAACUCGUCGGUGGUCGGAGUCGGCGGACGACCAUGGCUACAGAAAGUGGCUGCGAUCUUGGUUGCCAUCUCGCUGACUAUCGCCACGGUCGAUUCCUUCCGAGUCGCCGAGCGGCAGUAUGACUAUGGGUUUUCCGAUGCGGAGGCGCUUUCCCAGGAGGUUAUUGAUGGAAUGGAAAUACGCAUCGUGCGCGUCAUAUCAAGCACGUUUCUGUGGCUUGCGCAGGUUCAGACGUUGAUUCGAUUGUUUCCGCGACAUAAGGAAAAAGUCAUGAUCAAAUGGGCUGGGUUUGCGUUGAUUGUGCUGGAUACAACUUUUAGUAUUUUGGAUAAUUUUCUUGCGAGGACGUCUCCGACACGACCCAGGUUAUACGAGGAUGCUAUUCCUGCUCUGAGCUACCUGUUCGAGCUGUCACUUAACCUUCUCUAUGCCGCCUGGGUGAUUUUCUACUCGAUAUCCAAGCACCGAUACGCGUUUUUCCACCCCAAGAUGCGGAAUAUCUGCUUAGUGGCUCUUCUUUCGCUAUGCGCCAUUUUGAUACCCGUCGUCUUUUUUGUUUUGGAUAUUGCCAAGCCGGAAAUUGCUGGCUGGGGUACCUAUAUUCGAUGGGUUGGCUCUGCCGCGGCCAGUGUGGUAGUUUGGGAGUGGGUGGAACGCAUUGAAGCGCUGGAACGAGAUGAAACAAAAGACGGGAUUCUGGGACGAGAGGUUUUCGACGGCGAUGAAAUGCUUGAAGUCACUCCGUCCGAGGAAGUUGACUGGCCACGUUUCUCGGCCCAAGGACACGACCAAGGUGGCGGCAAUGGCGCAUCGUCUGGAUGGGCCGGCGUGAUGGGUUUAGCCCAUCGACCUCUACGAGCCCGGGCUGGAUUACCCCGCGGCAAUCGAAACAAAAGAGCCGGAGCACCACCAUAUAACCAAGCAGCUACGUCGGCGCCGCGGGGCCCAACCGAUAACCGGCCCACUCCACCCCCAGCGGCGAUCACACCGAUCAGCCGUGCUGAUACUACUAGUGCAGCAAGCACGGUGUACAAUGUCCGGUAUCAUUCAGUGGCUAGCCCUACGCCUCCCGCCGCAAUGCCAAAUAUGCACGAGGAGGAGGAAUUGGACGAAGCCAAGGAAUUGGAAGGCAGGGAGCCACAUACUCCUGGUACAAAUGGUCAUGCUCUCUCUGCUCAAAAUACCCGAGAGCAAUCCCCGCAGAUAGUACAAGCCGACCCGCGAUGGCAUGUUCUCCUACACCCAUUCAAGAGACGACGUGCAUCUCUGCCGAAAGAAGUGGCAUCUGCACAAGCCGGAGAAGAAUUUCCCGAACACAGGCAAUCUGCUGCAGCGGAAGAGGCCGAGGCAGAAACAAAUGCUGCCCGGUCUCGAGCCGAUCACUUCUUUUCUCUCCAUCGGAAUGUCCGACUGGGCACCGGACCACAAAACGUCGCCGGUUCAUUACCAGUCACCGUUAUUCCAGCACGUCGCCGCGGUCAGCACACAUGGUCACCGCAAAACCGACUCCUGGAGGACACCCGGCCACCGGGAGAGAGCCGGCCGAUAGAACACGUUCAACAUCACGAAACGCCCUCCAGUCGUCCCAAUUUACCUGUACGGGUGAUUCCUUCUCGACCACAAGCGUUUUCUCCAUGGACGGAGGCAGAUGUAGAGCGAGGAGGCGGGGAUUAUGUUCUACACUAUGACCCGGAAGCAGCGGCGCUGAUCAACGAGGAUGUCAGCCAUUUGGAUCGCAACGACCAGGUUUCAAAUUACCAACAAAGCUGGACAGAUACGACCUACUCGGAGGAAAGAAAUGAUGUGUCAGCGGAACAAGCAGGGCCGUCCGAUGCCGAAGCCCACCCCGAGCACGGGCCUUCUAACGAACAGCAUGGCAAGUCUUCAUAA